GUAAAUAUGGGGGAAGAAGAUGACGUAAUUGCCUCACACUCUCAACUUCAUGUUAAACCCUUCUCCGAUCUUGUUUCAGGAGAAGAAAUCAAUGACAGCCCGAUAGAAGAGGUGAGGCUAACAGUCCCAAUAACAGACGAUACAACAUUACCAUGCUUAACAUUCAGAACAUGGGUACUUGGUAUAGCCUCCUGCAUCAUCCUGUCAUACGCGAACAAAUUCUUCGGCUUCAGGGCAAAUCCUCUAUUUGUAUCUUCAGUCACAGCUCAAAUUGCCGUGGUACCAAUAGGGAAAUUAAUGGCUGCAACAUUACCUACAAGACAAUACACCGUACCCUUCACAAGUUGGUCUUUUACGUUAAACCCGGGCCCUUUUAACCUAAAAGAAAAUGUGUUGAUAACUAUGUUUGCGAGUUGUGGUUCUGGUGGUGUUUAUGCUGAUCAUAUCAUCAUUUCCGUUAAAGCUUAUUAUCAUCAAGGUUUAAAGUUCGCUGCUGCCUUUUUCCUUGUUCUAACUCUGAAGUCAAUCUUCAGUAAUACUUGUAUUCCAGAAGCACUGCCUUCAGUUGGCCCUGUGUUUCGGAUUCCCAUUUUAAAGAAGUGA